AUGAUAUCAGUUACUCCCGAAACAAAACCCAAUAUCCUGAUCAUAGGAACUGGACCUCAUGCCCAGAAAACCUAUGUGCCGCACUUGCAACUGCUGGAAGCACGCCAUGGUCCAAUGAUUCGAGUACUCGUCGAUAUUGAAGAAAAACGCGAUGCAGUCACAGAAUGGGCAGCAAAGGUUUGCCCGGGGGUCCACCUGCAUUUUGUUCCCAUGUUCACAGACCUGAUGCCAAGUCGGGCUCGGGCCCGGGCAGAGCUCGACAAAAUUGAGGCACGAUUCAAUAUUAAUGGUAUCAUCAUCGCCACGGAGCCUCUCUCGCAUAAAUCAUAUGCCCUCUGGGGUUUAGACCAUGGAUAUCACAUCAUGAUGGACAAACCAAUCACCACCCGCGUUGAUGCCGGGACCAACGCCUCAGAGGCAAAGGGCAUUGCCGACGAUUACCAUGAGAUCCUAGCGGCAUAUAAAAAACUCCAGAUUCGACAAACGACCGGAUUCGUGGUUAGCAGUCACCGCCGCUUCAAUCCUCUCACCCAAAGAGCUCAUCACUAUAUCCGAGAGAUCGUGGAGCGAACUGGUUGUCCUGUAACAAGCGUUUCCGCCUCAUACUGCGACGGAACGUUCCGACUGCCGAUUGAAAUGAUUCAGCAAGACUAUCAUACCUACAAGCAGGGAUAUGGAAAGGUCUCUCACAGCGGAUAUAAUAUCAUCGAUAUGCUCUGUGAUUUCGCGAAAGCAGGUCUAGUCCAAAGCAAACGACCAGACGAGGUUGCGGUCAUCAGCAGCUUCAUUCUGCCACGAGGUUUCUUCAAGAUGAUGACCCAGACGGACUAUCAGAAGAUAUUCGGAGCUGCGAGUAUACAAAAACCUCGUUUUGGGGGUUAUGGCGAACUGGAUGCCACCGCUCAGCUCACUUUUCUCAAAGAGCGGGACCCAGUCAUUCUCGCGCAAAUCAGCAUGUCCAGCAAUGGAUACGGCCUUCAGUCUUCGCUCAUCCUGAGUAAAGAUCAGUACAAGGGUAGUGGUCGCGUCAAACAUGAAUCUUACGAGAUCAAACGAGCCUUGUCUGCCAGGAGACUUCAGAUUGGAGCAAACAACCAUUUUGAGAUGAAAGUCUUCCGCAACUUUGAAUUGACUGGACAUUCGCGUGCUUUGGAGGUGCUCCACCUGGCCGAUCUGGCGGAUGCACAGGGCUAUGAUCACACCAAGCUCUACACGGAACAGGCAAAGGAAAAGAUGAUUAUUGAGUUUGUCCAGUCGAUUCAAAGUAAAUUACUGCCUGCCGAGCUGACAUCAAACAUUGAUGACCAUCGCUUGCCCGUUCAGAUCAUGAGUGCUAUGUAUUUGUCGCACAUCAAUCACCAGAAUAGCAACGGCAGACCGGUUGUGAAAGUGCGUGGUGUCUAG